GUCUUGCAAUUGUGAAGAUGUUUGGAUGAAUUGUGUUUCGAAGUGUCGUUUUUGGUUCGAGUCUUUUGAAUGGACGACUAUGUUUACAAUGAGAUAUUCGAAGACAAUCAGUUCUUCUCGCCGGGGGAAGGCCACAAGUCGCUAGAGAUCUCUUAUAAUUCUGUAUGAACCUUUGCCGCGUUUCUCUUAUCCUUGUCUUUAAUUUCGAAAUGCUGAAACAUCGAAAUAGGUGGACAAGGAGCCAUCAGUCGAGUAUGGCGAUGUCCGAGAGCGAGACAUUGUCUCGUGGCUCUCGAGUGUAAGAGCGCUGUUCCAGUAAAGACCUCACAACUAACCAAUCCCCAGGGAAACACCAAGGCGCCGCACGCAUCGCUUAAAUUACUGUGAGGGACAUGUUUCUUCCCGAGCAAUGAGAUACCUAACACCAUGGUUAGGAUCUGCAGGCCUCGCGUUUUGGAGCAAAACAUCUGCCCACUGCCAGUGUCUCGCCAUACGUUUCUGGCGAUCAGUAGGAAACUAGGACUUCCGCCGAUCUUUUUGAGAGCGAUAUGCAGAUUGAUACCAAUGUCUACACGUGGCAAGUCCACAAGCAACGCGGACCACGAUGUCCUGAUACUGCGAACCAAUCUGAGCUUGAAGUGGCAAUAUGCCCUAGCUGUAUGUUACGAUGCUUCGAACAAUCAGACGCUUGCAGUCCUCUUUGGUAUGCAAGGUAGCGAGAUUGAGGCCGUAUCAGGAUCAUUGUGUAAAAGUCGAGUUCCAGUUGGGUCGUUGCCAUUGUUGGUUCCAUGUCUGCUUAUGGAUCUCGCCAUGGACUAUGUCGCGAUCGACGCGGAGCAAAGACGGACAAGUCUAACGAGCAUUCGAUACGAAACUGGACUGCAUGGAUUUGAUAGGAAUCAUUCGUUACCGCUCGGUCGUAUAGACGACUCGCAAGAUGAUCUAGACUUGGAUAUCAUCACGCAGAAGUUGACGAGUCUACAAGACGCCUGCGCUGGAAUUCAGGCCGUGGUUAACACUCAGAAUCGAUACAUUGCAUGUCUCAAGGAGUAUGGUUCGGUGACCCAGACCACAGACACACACGAGAUACUGGUCCGUUUGGGGUAUUUGUCCGAUCUUCUUGACGGCAUUCAGUCCAAGAUCUCCUACACGGCCGAAUCAACCCAAAGCCAAGUUCAGACAAUGUUUACCUUUAUCGGACAAAAAGACAUGAAGGAGCAGGCACGGGCGACGGAAGCGUCUCGAAGAAUCGCAGACGACUCGCGUACGGUCGCGAUAUUGACGCGGCGGGAUUCAACCGAUAUGCGGAUCAUUGCUGCCGUGACCCUGAUCUUCCUCCCGGCGACAUUCACCACCCUCUUCUCAACUACCUUCUUCGACUUCCUCCCCGGCGAAUCCACCUCCCUCGUCUCCCCCUACAUCUGGCUCUACUGGCUCGUCACCACCAUUCUCACAGUCAUCGUCCUCAGCUCCUGGGCGCUCCUUUCCCGCGUCCAAAAACGCAAGAUCGCCGCCGCCGUCCGCCGCGAGUCGCAGCGCGAACUCGAACUGUCCAAGCGGUAUGGCCCCGCAGCGAGCGACGCGAUUCAGCAGCAGUGGGAACGCGCAGGGCAGUUCGAGCUGCGGGAACGCGCCCGUGGGUAUCUCGGGAGUUUCAUGGUGAUCGACGAUGCGGCGAGGAUAGCGCCGGGGAUUCAUCCGACGUCAACGCAGGGGAGUAAGUUGGCUGGGUUUAAGAGGCCGGACCGGAUUGAGACGAGGGAUUUGUCACCGACGAGGAGCGGUUGGUGAGUGCUAAUGGGAUGCAGUCGUUUAUUGAGAUGGAUCUUUGGACGAAUAUACGAUGAAUACAUUUUAUGCACGCCUAGGAUUAGUUGUAGAUUAUUUGCUCAUCCCAUAUUGAACAUGGGAAAUAUAAAGUCCCGUCCGUAAUCAUGUGUCGGGUGAGUGCCGUCAGUAAUGAAGAGCGCCAUGACCCUGUCCUCU